CAUAUGCGUUUGCUAAGCAACCUUGUCCACUUCUUCGAUUACUGUACUUCAUCAAUAAACCUUAGGGUUUACAAAUGCUGCUUGUUUUGCUUGCACUUAUCUCAACCGUCAAUGGUGGGCAAAUAAAGCCUGGAAAUAUAGUUAGGAUGAGGCAUCCAAUAACUCAGUACAGGAAUGUACCUAAAGUUGUGAUGGUCAAUUCGGAAAUCACUUACUUUGUCAAUGUUAGAAAAAACCAAACCAUUAACUUGAAAAAUGAGGAAGAACGUCAACACAAUAUGCAAGCUCAAGAGCCCAGGGAUCUAAUGAGAAAUCCUAUAAGAAGAAGAAACAAGAAAGUGAUCACUGAUACUCCCCGUCAGGAAUCUCUCAGCAAUUUUGUGAGAGGAAGAAGCAAAAUUGACGCUGAUACUUCUCGUGAAGAUUCUCUCAGAAAUCCUAUGAGAAGUCCGAUGAUAACUAAAAUCAUGUUGGACAUUAGUAGUACGAAACGGACACGUGAGCGAACCUCAACAAAAAGACCUAAGAAAUGGAAAACAACUUCCACAUGGAAAGCACGAUCACGCGGUCGCAGCCGUAAAUCUAGCAUGACUUCACGCAGUACAGUAAUAAGAAGCGCAUCUGGUACUGGGAAAGUAGAAUAUGAUGUUUGGAUAGUGUUCAAAAGAAGAGAAUAUAUGGUAAAAAGAGAUGCAAAGUCUUUUGAUGACGCGGAGGCGUCAUGUAAAAAAUUUGGCGCUCAUCUGGUUUCCAUUCAUAGCGAAGAAGAAAACAACUUUAUCCACAAAAUCACUUCUACUGGCUCUAAAAUCAAGUCAUUUAAAGAGUUCGUCUAUAUUGGUCUUCGUCUAAAUUCAAAAAAUGAGUGGGAAUGGAUAGACGGAAGCGGCUUUAACUAUAAGAAUUGGGCUGAACACCAGCCAGACUUGCCUGAUCGUGAAAAAUGCGCGCAGUUCCAUCAAGCUCCAUCGAAUCUUGUUUAUGUCAAGGAAUAUCAUUGGAACAGCAUCCCGUGCGAUUUAAAAAUGAAGUACUAUGUUUGCAAGAAAAAUCGGCAGUAAAACUAGGCUAUUGCAGUUAUUGAUUGCAAAUAAAGAUUGGUAUGUUGAAUAUU